CAUCAGUCGCAGUGUGCCCACCCACCAAGAUGGCUCCUUUACGGGGCAAUAGUCGAAGUUUGACGUGAAGUUAUUUACACGCCUGGAAUUUAACACUGUCCAGAAAAGUGUUAGAUAUUUUUUGGUGCAGCGUGUAUGCAGAAAAAGAAGUCAAGAUAGUAGACGCACGGUAAAAAGCGGUGAAGAUUUUAUCGGAUUUUAGAAAAGUUUCAACGAGACGGCCGGUCGGCUCGUGAGAUCGCUCAACGAAGGAAUAUAUGUAUCUGUAUGUCUUUCAUGCGGGUAUAGCACAUCAAUUUUAAGAUAUAUGUCAUCGAUCCUAUUACAUACUAUACGUUUUAAAAGAUAAUCUUCCUGAAAUUGUAUUGAAGUUGGAACAUACUGUAUUUCAUACGUAUAAUUUUUAAAGUCUUGAGAUAUGUAUAUUAUCAAGAAAUGAAUAUAUGGCAUUAUUACUGGCAAAUUUGGAAUAAGAACACUGUGUUGAUAAAGCACAAAUGAAAUUUUGGCAAAUGUUAAUUAAACAUAUAUGCUUAUACCAAUUUUUGGAUACUACAUCUGAAAUUGCAUUGUUGUGAUGACAUAUAAGUACCAAGUGCGAAAAAACAAAUUAAAGUAAUAGAAUAUGUUAAUGAAGAUGUUACCUAAGGGAAGUUUUUCUGAUUUUCAUACAUGCUUGUAGAUUUAAUAUUAUGAUCAAAAAUAUGCGAACAAAUUCCUAAUAAAUAUAAGCAAUUAUAAUAUCAUUUACUUUUAAACAUACAUAAAUAUGUCUUGAGUAACAUUACUUGAGAAAAACAAAUUUAUUUUCAAAUUUGAAAAUUGCAUAAGUGUUAUAACUGUACAUUAUUCCAAAAAUGGCAAGGAAAAGCGAUAAUGUCAAGGCUAUAAAUAUUGCGAUUGUUGGACUUUCUGGCACUGAGAAAGAUAAAGGACAAGUUGGAGUUGGCAAGUCUUGCUUGUGUAAUCGUUUUAUGCGUUCUCUCAGCGAUGAUUAUAAUGUGGACCAUAUUUCAGUAUUAUCACAGUCGGAUUUUAGUGGCAGAGUCGUGAAUAAUGAUCACUUUUUGUAUUGGGGCGAAGUAACAAAGACUGCUGAAGAUGGUACAGAGUACCAAUUUCAAGUGAUAGAACAUACAGAGUUUAUAGAUGAUGCAUCCUUUCAACCUUUUAAGGGUGGUAAGAUGGAACCUUAUGCAAAGAGAUGCGCAGCCACUAAAAUUACUAGUGCUGAAAAACUUAUGUACAUCUGCAAAAAUCAAUUGGGUAUUGAAAAAGAAUAUGAACAAAAAGUUUUACCAGAUGGUAAACUAAAUAUUGAUGGUUUCUUGUGUGUAUUCGAUGUAAGUGUUGUGCCUAACAGAUUAAUCGAGAAACAAGUUGAAAUAGUAGCUAACAUACUAAAUAAUUUAAUGAAAACAAAAAAGCCUAUAGUUCUGAUCACAACUAAAAAUGAUGAUGCAAAUGAACAAUAUGUCAAAGAAGCAGAAAAGUUAGUGAUGCGCAAAGAAUAUAAGGGAUCUAUACUAAUAGUGGAAACUUCUGCGCAUGAAAAUAUUAAUAUUGACCUGGCCUUCAUGAUUGUAGCACAGUUAAUUGAUAAAACUAAAACGCGCAGUAAAGUGAUUCCUUUCGCGGAGGCAGCUAGGGCUAGAAAAGAGUUAUUAGAUACAUCAACUGAAUCUUUGCAAAGAUUAAUUCGUAUACAUGUUACUGAUUAUCGUGCACUAUGGUCACAAGCAUCUAAAAAACUUGCACAACAUAAAGAAUUUUCAACUUUCAUAGAAUUAUUUGGAGUUGAUGCAACACAAAGAUUAUUUAGAAGACAUAUUAAAAAGCUAAAAGAUGAGCAGGUGGCAAAAAAAAUACAAGGAUACUUGGAUGUGUUACCAGAUAUUCUUCAUGAGAUAUGUCCUGAUAUAUCAAAUUUAAUGAAUGAGGAAUGGUCUGCAGUACAACAGUGUAUAAAAGAACAUCCUGACUUUCAUCGAUAUUUUUACGAGUGUCCCGAGGAUAUACCUUGGAUUGAUUAUGAUUUUGGAGAAAAUAAUAGCUCUAAAAUUCCUUAUGACGUUUUAGAAACACCAGAGGCUGAAACUGUUUUUAAAAAUCAUGUAAAUGCUUUACAGCAAGAACAACGUCGAUUAGAACUUCCAAAAAGAUGGAAGAAACAGUUUAAGCAAUUAUUAGAAGAAACUGGUUAUGUUACACCUGGAAAACAAUUAUCUGAGGUUCGAGUACUAUUUAUGGGUAGAGAAUGUUUUGAAGCUCUUUCUCAUCAUGAUUGUCAGGAAAUAUAUGAUCAACAUCAAAAAGAAAUAAUUGAAAAAGCAAAACACAAUUUUCAAGAGUUAUUGUUAGAACAUGCUGAUUUAUUUUAUCACUUCAAGAGCAUAGCUCCUUCUGGAACCAUUACACAGGAUGAUAUAAAAGAAAUUACGGACGCUUUACUAGAUGAUUUUAGGUACAAAGCUUUAGACAGACUGGAUCAAGAUAGAAAGUUGAUGUUGUUCCAACACUUAGGAUUUGUUCACUGUCCUAUAAGAGAACAUUGCCCAGCAUAUCCAAAUUGCAUGGAUGCACUUAUAGAAAGGAUACUUGGUACAAAAGCCCACAGACCUUCAUCUUGGAAUCACAGUAGUCAGUGGCAAUUAACAUCAGAUAACAAUCAACUGAAUCUGGUUAUACUUGGAUGUAAUGGUCUUGGUGAGGAAUUCGCUCGGGAAAUAAGAGCGCAAACGGAUGAUGAUGAAGUAGAAAUUGAUUGCCAAUUAUACACUUUGGGAUAUAGGAUUAUUGAUGGUGACGUAGGAUUACCACACAAUUCUUUUACCACCUCAGAUUUCAUGCCACAUGGAUCAUUUUGUAUAUAUUCAAAUGAGGAUUCGUUCGAGUACAUUCGUUCGUCAUUAGAAAAAACAUUACUUUCAAAUUUAGAACAAGAAGAUAGAUUACCGUUUCAAGGAUUACCUAUUGUUAUUAUGUUUUUACCAGAAUCAAGUAUUGAUGAUAUGGAAGCAAUACGACUCAGGGAAGAAGGACAAAAUCUUGCUGAUAGUUUGCAGUGUCCUUUUAUCGAUGUUUGCAUAGAUGAUUUAGAACAAGAUAAAAGAUUCCCAACGCCUUUGGUGAAAGAUGCUCUGCAGCAACUUAUACAAUCUAUAAAUCAUCGAGCUGGAUUUUUGAAUAUUUACCAAAGUGUUAUAGAGUGUUUAGAACCAGAUAUUAGAAUAAUAAUGUGUAUGUUCUGCGGAGAUCCAUAUUCGGUGGAAAAUGUUCUUGGACCUUUACUCAGUCAUCAGUGUUGUUUUCUCAGUGGAGAUAGAUCUAUUGUAUUGGAAACAUUUUUAGGGGAAUCCAAACGCAGAGUUGAAGUUAUUAUUUCGAGUUUUCAUGGAGCAAAUGCAUUUAGAGACGAACUUGUACAUGGUUUCAUAUUGGUUUAUUCAACAAAGAGAAAAGCAUCUCUUGCAACUCUUAAUGCAUUUUCUAUGAAUAUACCCAAUUUACCAAUACAAAUUAUGGCUGUGACUGAUACUGGAGGUGCCAAUGCUUUCUUUAGUAAUGAUUUGAGUCAUUUGCUUAUCACAGAAGGAAACGCAACCGCAGAUAGAUUACAAGCACACUUUAUGACAUCUGCAUCAAGUUGUCAACAAAAAACUGCUUUUUAUACGCCAUUUUUUAAAGAGGUGUGGGAGAAAAAACCAGAAAUUGAGCAAGCAUUCAAUAUGGAGGAACCUGGUAAUUUAAAUGAUAGUGGUGAGGGUACAUUAGAAUACUCUGCUCUACAUCCAAUGCCACCACCACGACAUGAAAGCUAUCAUCUUCAAACGCCAGAUGAUGGUAUGUCUGUAACUUUCAGAAGUGGCUCAGAGUCGUAUGAACAAUUAACGCCGGAUGGUGAUCUUGGAGACCCGGGAUUGACUGAACAAUUUGCUGAUAACAGAGCUAGUCCAAGUGAUGAUAGUGAUAUAUACAGUCAAGUCGACUUUUAUCGAGAAGAAAGAGAAAGAGAGAUGUUAAAAUCUGGAGACAUUACUAACAAAUUAUCUGGUUGGGUUAAAGAAACAUUCAUGCAUCAAGAUGGAGUAACAAAUAGCUAUCCUCACAGAGCUUUUACAACAGGUAGACGUCAUAUUUCGCAAGCGAAACCACGGCCAAAGGGAAAUAGUCAAACACUGAAGCAACCUGGAAAAAUUAAUUUAAAAGAUUUUUCCAAUGUAACAGACGCUAUAGCUAGAAUGACAAUAGGUGAAAAAGACGAGCAUGGUCCUAAAGUAGGUCUAGGUCAUGCUCCUCUUGCUACGCCUGAAUUGGUAGAUCUCGGAUCGGAAUAUGCACAGGUGAAAGACGUUGUUCCUAGUUUAUAUUCUGCUUACGACGGCGACUAUAUGUAUGCGUUAGUGCAAGAUUCUGUUGGAAACAACAAAUCUAAAUUACGACAUAGACGUGAAAAAGGACAGCCAUCUUACAGUGAUUCUGAUUCAGAGUGGAGUUCUUUGGAAAGACAAAAAAUAGUGGAUGCUUUAGGAAAAGUAAAUAAGAAACCGUUAACGCAUAAAAGGAUACGUAAGAAACGCAUUGCUAUACCAGUUGCAACUCCAAAAGUACCAUCAUUGGCAAGUAUGGGAAGUGGAGAUGGUAUUGUAGGAAUGAAUUAUAAUCUCAAAGAUGAUAAAAAUUGGAGAAUCGAUCCAGCAGAAAGAGUAUCUAGUGAAACUACAGAUACUUGUGAAUCAAGUGAUCCAGAACAAAUGUCAAGGGCCAGAUCAAAGCAAUAUAAGCAUGCAGCAGCUAGUCUACGCAAAAGAUGUGGUAAUUCAUUACAGCAACAGCAUUUACCAGCAACAUUGCAACAUCCUUUUAAUAUUAAACAUAUGACUCAAGAUAUGUUUAGUGCUUCUUAUGAUGAAUCGAGCCUAGAUGUUUCAUCUCCGCGGGAAAUAAAUUCUCCUAGUUUUGGAAUACUCAAUAAAGGUAAAGAAGGUGACAAAUCAACACGAAAAAAAGAUAAACAAAAAGCAAAGGAAGAUGAGAAAUUAGAGAAACGUAGACAGAAGGAAGAAAAACUUAAGAAACACGCAGAGAAAGAAAAAGAAAGGGAAAAGAAAAAGCAAGAAAAAAUAAAGCAAACAAAAGGACCUAGUGGAACACCAAUUUCAGGUCAAAUACAACAACCGGUGAUAGAAGACUUCGCACAAAGCGAAACUAAUCGGAUACCGUUGUUUUUGGAGAAAUGUGUACGGUUCAUUGAAGACGAAGGAUUAGAUUCAGAAGGGAUAUAUAGAGUUCCUGGAAAUCGAGCGCACGUUGAACUUCUUUUUCAGAAGUUCGAAGAAGAUGGUAAUGUGGACAUACAUUCUUUGGACAUUCCUGUAAAUGCAGUUGCAACAGCUUUAAAAGAUUUCUUUUCUAAGAGGUUACCACCACUCAUUGAUAAAGAGCGCAUGAACGAACUCGAAGACAUAUCGGGUGCACGUGGCAUCAGUAAACCAAUGUCAGCGACUUGCAUGAAUAUGGAAGAUCGUAGUUGCAGGCUGCUAGCUUUACGUUUGAUGCUUAAUAAAUUAAAUCCAGUAAACUUUGAUGUACUGAAAUUCAUAUUUCAACAUUUUGUCAAAGUGGCAGAAAAUUGCAAAUUAAAUAGUAUGGACAGCAAAAAUUUGGCCAUCUGCUGGUGGCCCACAUUAUUACCAAUAGAAUUUAAUGAUCUUGGCAGAUUUGAAGCCAUGAGGCCAUAUUUAGAAGACGUUGUGCAAACAAUGAUUGAUCAAUACCCAUUUCUUUUCUGUGGAGAAGAGGCUAUCGUAAUGGUGUAGUGCAAAAUGUUAUUGCAGGAAUUUUUGGUUGUGUAAACAAAACCGAAUCUAUUUAAAAAGUAAUAUUAUAGUUCUCCUCAGAACUUGUUGCUUCUAAAAGCGUCUGAUGCAUGCUAACAUGUUAUCAGUGACAAUUACAAUAAUCAAGAAUGAUUGGUCUCAUUAUAGUUUAUUAUAUUUGUUUUGAUGUAGUACAUAUAUAAUAUGAUUAAUUUAAGUAUGCGACAUAAAAGACCGAAUUUAUUUAAAUCUUGAUUUAUAUUGUUUAAAACAUAUGAGCGGAAUGAUCGAACGAUCCUAAGAUGGCUGUUUAUGCAUCGGUUAAUAAUGCAAGUAACUAUGUCAAUCCAAGUGUCAUAACAGUAUGCAUGUAUCAUGUUGGAUGUAUCCAGAACGAUGUAUUUAUUACUACGUAUUAGAUAUAAGACUUGAUAUUUGAUAAUAUCAAAUAAUUGUAAUGUCAAAAUUGAUGUUGCUUUUUCAUGUAGUUUAAGUAUCAUAUUGAAUUAUUUUACUAAUUUCAUAGGAAAAAAGAAACUGGUAAUCGUCGAAAGGGAAGUGGGGGACGCGUCUUUAUUAGACAAAAUAAUUAUAUGAUCCUUACGCGCAUUAUUUAUUUUGAUCUGACUUUUUUGCCCAUAAUGGUAUCAAGUGCAACGUUUCCGUGUAACGUUAUUUCGAUUGCAUUCUAAAAUUAAUUUUACUUCGCUUUAUAAAGAUUACUUUUCAAAUGGUAUUUCUAAUCGCAUAAAUUUGAUUUCAAGUAGCGUUCAAUAAGCUGUAUGGUGAUAUAAUCCAUAUAUCUAUUCCGUCUAAUCGAAAACGAAAUAUUAUGAACAUGAAAUUACGGAAUUUAUAAAUAAGCAGUAAUAAUGUCAUACAGAGAGCAUUAAAUUGUUAACAGUAUACUUAUACGAGGCAGACUUUGAAAAUUUAAAAAAUAGCAGAUAUACAGCGGUGUUCUUCAAUAGAUUUAAAGUUAUCUAGGUAACUAUCCGAUUUCUUUGAACAGAAGUGUAUAUAGAAAUAUACUAAUGUAAGAUAUUAAAUUACGAACAACCAAGGCGGACUAUAGAAAAAUAAUUUUAAAAAGGAAGAUAGGUCGAAUAAUAGACUUAAUUUCGUUUAUUAAGAAUUAUGUUUUGUGCCAGAAGCUAAUGAAACUUAUCAAUCUCUUAAAUAUGUACUUACGUAUUUGACAAAGUGCUGGUCAAUAUGUACCAACAUAAGGAACACAAGGAAUAAUUAUUAAUUGAUUCGCUCAUUCUGAUAAUUUUAUAAUAUUGUCAGAAUCAAUAUCUGUCGGAAUCGUUUUUUUUUGUUUUUAUGCUUUUUUGUUGCUACAAAUGUGCCAUAAAUAAAUCCGUACGUUAGGAUUUUAAUAAUCAUAUCUUUUUGGCGAUAUACAUUUCGAAGUUGCACAUCGUUUAAGUGUAUAUGAAAGCGAACGAAAAGAGUGAAAUACCGUUAAAAUUAGGGUUUAAGCUCAUUGAAUGCCAACAUUAGCACAAUUUUUCUAAUUCAAAAUAUAUAAAAAAAAGUUUGCAUAAAGAGCGUCGGAGGAGGUCAUUGUUAAUUUUGAAUUCGUAGACGUGAAUUUGUAGCACGGCCGCGAUAUUAAAAGACACGUUAAAUCUUUUUUGCAAGACGAAAUCUCGAACACGGCCGCUUGCUUCAAAUAUACGCCUGUCGAACGCAUCGUCGCAUUUAUAAAAGAACAUUGUUAAUGAUAAUUCUAUAAAUGUGUGUGCGUGUAUGUCUCGCAAGCACACCUAAUAAACAGCGAAUCGUACUUACAUUCCCAUUUAGUAGUAAUCAAAUUUUAUACAUUCGUAUGUACGUAAUUAUAUAACGUUGUGAUAGGAAGCAAGGUGUAGUUGGUACGCACGAGAUCAAAAAAAGCAUGGUUAAAAAUCCAUAAGUGGUCACUGCAUAUCGCAAGUAAUAAGAUAAUAUUGAAAAGUAAUCAUCCAUCUUAGCGAUCAUUAACGUUUUAAAGAGAUUUGGCGAAUACUCGUUUAUACUCAUCAAAAUUAGUUCUCGAUGCGUGUUCCGCCAUCAUCUUGUCUUCUGACUGAAGCAAACUCACUUUUCUACGAUAAUGUCCGUUUAGGAUUCUGCUUUAAUAAAUCUCUCGCAAACUGGACGUUCAAUCUUGACGCGUACGGACUGUGGGAUAUAAGCGUAUUCCCAUUAAAAGUAAAUGUUAAACUGUCGUUGCCUGUGAUAACAUGGAAACGAACGAAUAAAGAUCAUCUUUUUUAAUUUAUAGAGUGGACUGAUGUGCGAAUGUAUUAUAAUUGUACAGUUGCGCCGAACGUCGAAACUUAAAUAAAAAAAGCGUUUGCGUCCA